AUAUGAAAGCAAUCCCAUAUGUGAAAUAAUGUAUUUAUUUGUGAAAGCAAUCCCUUUCCUUUCAAAAUUCUAUUUGUUUAGACUCCUUUGCAAACUUUGCUUCCCUCCCUUAUCCAGUUUUCCUUCAUUCAAUCUCUCUCUCUUUCUCUCUCUCUCUCUCUCUCUCUCUUCGGCACACAGAAAACUUGAGCUUUCCACACAAGAAAGCCAGAAUCUUCAAUCAUUUGCAAUUUUUUUUUUAAAGUUUUGUUUGAUUCUCUGUUGGGUUCCUUACACUUUGUACAUAGAUAGAUAGGAGGCAUUAAGAUAACUACACCAACCAACAAGCAAAUAGUAACCAAACAACACAGAAAUUAAGUUACAUUUGGAGUCAUUGGACCAUCAAGGAAGAUGAGGACAAGCCCAAUCCCUCUGUCACCCGAAAACCCAACUUUGAUUUUUGACUUCAAAGUCUUCAAUUCACAUGCAAACUCCUUCACAUUACAAACUUCAUAAAUCCCGAUUAACGCAAAACUCUUCCCAUUUAAAAACCAAUAUUAAAAGCCCAUAACCAAAAAAAAAAGCCGAAGAGAAAUUUUCCCGGGAAAAUUUCUUCAAUGGACAAACCCAUACACACUCAUCGGUUUCGCUACCGCUGCUCCAUAACCAAGCUCAUCUUCUGCUGGUUCACCAUCCUGCUCGCCUUAUUCUUUUUCUUCCUCCUCAAAACCCCAUCUUCCAAUGCCAACCGCCGAGUCCUCCCAAGCCUAUCCACAUGGGAAAACGUCGUCGUCCAAUCCGCCAAGCCACGUGAUAAUUCCACCGGCCACUCGGUUCUCGUCACCGGCGCCGCCGGUUUCGUCGGAACCCACGUCUCGCUCGCGCUCAAAGAACGCGGAGACGGCGUCGUCGGAAUAGACAACUUCAACAAGUACUACGACCCGUCGCUGAAACGCCGUCGUUCGGAUCUGCUACUGCGCAAUGGGGUCUUCGUACUGGAAGCAGACAUCAACGACUCUGAGAAACUCGCCAAGCUUUUCCGGCUGGUGAAGUUUACCCAUGUCGUCCACUUGGCUGCUCAGGCCGGCGUUCGCUACGCUCUGAAAAACCCAGCUUCUUAUGUCCACAGCAACAUCGCUGGGCUCGUCAAUGUCUUCGAGGUCUGUAAAUCAGCGAACCCACAACCUUCGAUUGUUUGGGCUUCGUCUAGCUCUGUGUAUGGUCUCAAUUCUAAGGUACCCUUUUCGGAAGAAGACCGUGCGGACCAACCAGCAAGCUUGUACGCUGCAACGAAGAAAGCUGGGGAAGAAAUAGCACACGCUUAUCACCAUAUCUAUGGGCUGUCCAUUACUGGGUUGAGGUUUUUCACUGUGUAUGGGCCUUGGGGCAGGCCUGAUAUGGUGUACUUUUCCUUUACUAAGAACAUGUUGAGCGGGAAGCCUAUUGUGGUUUUUGAAGGCCCAGAUCAUGGCUCUGUUGCCAGGGACUUUACGUACAUUGAUGAUGUUGUGAAGGGUUGCUUGGCUGCGUUGGACACGGCUGAGAAGAGCACCGGGAGUGGCGGCAGGGUUGAGGGGCCGGCGCAGUUGAGGGUUUUUAAUCUCGGGAACACUUCACCGGUGCCAGUGAGUGAGGUGGUGAGUAUUAUGGAGAGGUUGCUGAGGGUGAAGGCUAAGAAGGUUGUGGUGCCAAUGCCGAGGAAUGGGGAUGUUUUGUUUACUCAUGCUAACAUAAGCUUGGCGCGGAGGGAGCUUGGUUAUAUGCCCACAACAGAUUUGAAGACAGGGCUGAGGAAGUUUUUAAAUUGGUAUCUUGAUUAUUAUUCGGAAUCAAAGAGGGAGAGUGUUUGAUAAAUGUGAAAUCAUGUUGAUUCCAACUGCAAGGGAGACAGUGAGCCACGGAUGUGGCGCACGAACGCUCUCUCGGUACUCAAGGAGUAAUUCCCCCCGAGGGGUAUUAUGGUGUUCAUAAAUUAUGUAGGUCAAUCUUAAUAGUGUUUAAUUUCUUGUUUCAAUUUGAUGCGCAUAUAGCAUCUCAAUUUA